CCCUCCGUCCUUCCCUCCCUCCCUCCAUCCUCUCCGCCGCCGAGCCGGCCGGGGAGGCGACACCCGAGGGCUCGGCACGGUGCUGGCGAAGCGGGAGCCGCCGCCAGCAGCAGCAACAGCAGCAGCAGCAGCAGCGGGGCACAUGGCAUGCCUGAUGGCGGCUUUCUCCCUGGGCACCGCUCUGAACGCCAGCAGUUCUGCCUGCACGAUGGCCGAGCCGAAGUCAGUGUGCGUUUCGGUGGAUGAGGUGGUCUCCAAUGGCACAGAUAACCAAGAUGUUCGACUGAUGAAUGGACACUUAAAAAAGGUGGACAAUACUCUGACAGAAGCUCAUCGUUUCUCCUACCUGCCACGCAGACCAGCUGUAAACAUUGAAUUUAAAGAACUCUCAUAUUCCAUCCAAGAAGGGCCAUGGUGGAGGAAGAAAGGUUAUAAGACCCUUUUGAAAGGAAUUUCAGGGAAGUUCAGCAGUGGAGAACUUGUUGCCAUUAUGGGUCCUUCGGGAGCUGGGAAGUCAACACUCAUGAACAUUCUGGCAGGAUACAGAGAGACAGGCAUGAAGGGAGAAAUUCUCAUCAACGGACAGCCUCGUGACCUGCGCUCUUUUCGCAAAGUCUCCUGCUACAUCAUGCAAGAUGACAUGCUCCUUCCUCAUCUGACUGUCCAAGAAGCUAUGAUGGUAUCUGCUCAUCUGAAACUUCAAGAGAAAGAUGAAGGAAGAAGAGAAAUGGUAAAGGAAAUAUUGACAGCCCUCGGUUUGCUAACGUGUGCCAAUACAAGGACUGGAAGUCUUUCUGGAGGCCAGAGAAAGCGUCUUGCCAUUGCUUUGGAGCUGGUGAACAAUCCUCCUGUCAUGUUUUUUGAUGAACCAACCAGCGGCUUGGAUAGUGCAUCAUGUUUUCAGGUUGUCUCGCUGAUGAAGGCUUUAGCUCAGGGUGGCCGGUCCAUCAUCUGCACGAUUCACCAGCCCAGUGCUAAACUGUUUGAGUUGUUUGAUCAGCUCUAUGUUUUAAGUCAAGGUCAAUGCAUUUACCGUGGCAAAGUAUUAAAUCUAGUCCCAUACCUGAGAGAUUUGGGGUUGAAUUGCCCAACCUACCACAAUCCAGCAGAUUUUGUUAUGGAAGUUGCAUCAGGUGAAUAUGGAGACCAGAACAGCCGGCUGGUAAGGGCAGUACGGGAGAGGAUAUGUGACACAGACUACAAGAGAGAUGGUGGUGGUGAGAAUGAGUUGAAUCCCUUCCUCUGGCACCGGCCCUCUGAAGAGGAUUCCUCAUCCACAGAAGGCUGCCACAGCUUCUCCGCCAGCUGCCUAACCCAGUUCUGUAUCCUCUUCAAAAGAACUUUUCUCACCAUCAUGAGGGAUUCAGUCCUGACGCACUUGCGUAUCACCUCACACAUUGGAAUUGGCCUGCUCAUUGGCUUGCUCUACUUAGGCAUUGGCAAUGAAGCUAAGAAAGUCCUCAGCAAUUCCGGCUUCCUCUUUUUUUCCAUGUUGUUUCUUAUGUUUGCUGCGCUCAUGCCAACUGUCCUUACAUUUCCUCUUGAGAUGGGAGUAUUUCUGAGAGAGCAUCUGAACUACUGGUACAGCCUGAAAGCCUACUAUCUUGCCAAAACGAUGGCGGAUGUUCCUUUUCAGAUCAUGUUUCCUGUAGCUUACUGCAGCAUCGUCUACUGGAUGACUUCGCAGCCAUCUGAUGCACUCCGAUUUGUCCUCUUUGCAGCCUUGGGAACCAUGACAUCCCUGGUGGCACAGUCACUAGGUCUUCUCAUCGGUGCAGCCUCUACAUCCCUCCAGGUGGCCACUUUUGUGGGGCCAGUUACUGCCAUCCCAGUGCUUCUGUUCUCUGGGUUUUUUGUCAGCUUUGAUACCAUCCCAACAUACCUCCAGUGGAUGUCCUACAUUUCCUAUGUCAGAUAUGGCUUCGAAGGAGUGAUUCUCUCCAUCUAUGGACUGGAUCGAGAAGACCUGCAUUGUGACAAAGACGACACUUGCCAUUUUCAAAAAUCAGAGGCCAUUCUGAGAGAACUGGAUGUAGAAAAUGCCAAACUUUACCUGGACUUCAUCGUUCUUGGAAUUUUCUUCAUCUCUCUGCGCCUAAUUGCCUAUUUUGUUCUCAGAUACAAAAUCCGAGCAGAGAGGUAAAGGAAAAACGGCUAAAAUGAUAGAGUAGGAAGAUCUUUAGACAUGCAAUAGAGGGCUCUUGACAUUGUCUCACUGUGGCAGGCCCGUCUCCAGUGCCCAGCUAGAUGCUGUUAUGACCUAGCCCAUAGAGAACCACAUUGGGAUAGAGGACAUAUAGUGUUAAGCCAAUCAGUCCAGCUGGGUUGGGUCAUGUUUUUAUUACACUUUCUAGCUUUAACUAGGAAGAAGAAAUAGAAGGGAAUUUUACAACACAGAAUAUCGAUACUGAGACAGUGUAACUGUAAUAAAAAAAAAAAAAUGGUUGUAGGAAAUUUCCUUAUGAAAACCAAUCAUGCGACAUGGUAAUACUAGUCCUGGUAGCCAGAAUUGUAUAAUGUCAUUAUAAGUGACAAGGUAAUGAGAUGCAAAAUGGGGAAUGCAAAGAAAAUAGGAUUCUCUCAUCUUUUUAAAUUCAGAGUUUCAUCUUUGCAGUUUUAUAUGUAUUAUUUUGCAGUUAUUUUCCACAGAACUACCCCUUCUGGCCAAAAGUCUGUAAAUGUAAUAAUUAAUAAGGAAAAGAUACCUUUUUAACAUUGACACUUUUUAAAAACAAAAAAAAAAUCUAUAAUUAUUCAAGUCAUUAUUUUUGUUUGUGUCUAAAUUUAGAAUUUUGGUGCUUUACUUGUCGAGCUGGUCUCAUAUCUGAAAAUCUUAAUGUUAGGAGGAAAAGGCAGAUUCGGAGUCUGCACUGAACCUGUGGUCUGUAUGUGGAAGCAACAAUAGAUAGCACAGACAUAUUCAAGCUACUGCUGAAUGAUUGAAAAUAUGUUAUUUGCAGUGUCUUUUAAAUCCUAAAUGUUUGUUGUAUUGAAAAUACUGACUCUGCUCAUUAUCCGUUUGAUCUACCUCUCGUGAAUGAAAAGAUCAAAGCACUCCAAUGCUCUUUUUUUCUUAAAUUAUGAAAGCAGAAUCUAUCCCUAAAGCCUGAGCAAGGUCUAUCCACAGCUCAAAGCUUGGGGCAUGGUGUUAAACCACUAGUGACUGCCUCCUGCGGCAGCAUUUAAAAUACCUGUAACCCACUACGUGUAGGAGUCUCCUCAAAAUAUGCAAAGGGCCUUGUAAUAUUGCAGGGUUAAUUAUACCAAGCAGUUCUGUUCUCAUCCCGAUGUCUACGUGCGUGACAUGGGAAUUAACACCGGUGAAACCAUUGCAAGAGGCAUGCAUUUGUUCUGCAUAUCUCACCUUUGUAAACUUGGCAGGGGAAAUUUUGACUCCAAAUCGAUGUGAAUUUUGUCACUGAUUUUCCCGGGUUUGGAUUGGCAACCCAGAAUGACAGCAUGGGACCAAUGCCCAUGUUGGACAUCCUGGUAAACAUCUGUGUGAAUUCCACUACCUUCUGCAGUUACUGUGUGUUUUACCUUAGUGUCACAGACAUCCAAACCAGAAGUACGCGUUCUAUAAAUGCAUUAUUCCUAUCGGGACACUGAGGUCUUGUAGAUUGGAAGCAGCUCGGUGACAGCAAACCACUCAGGAGCUCAGCAACUCGUGACAGACUAGUUGAAGAGAGAGACCUUGUGCAUCUGCUGGCCACCAACAGUCACAGCUCACAGUCUGGCUUUGAGGACUCCAUGACCACAUCUAAAUUAGCAAACUAAAUAGUUCCAGGGCCUGGUCUCUGUUCUUUAGGCUAGAUUUCACAGUCUGCCUUUGUCUGUCCUGUUAAUCCUCAGACAGCUGGGGCUACCAGGAACAAUCCCUGCACUGUACUAACUUUUAAACAGUGCCCAAACACUGUCUGGAAAAGCUCAGGUUGUGCUGAGCCACAGCUCCACUACUUAGCAGUGAAGGCAAUUGUUUUCCUGGCCCAUGCCCAGGCUCUAUUUUAUUUGCUGGUACAGACACAGACUGUGCGUAUCUAUUAAGCUCAGAAUGCUUGAAUUAAGCCAGUCUUCUAGGCUGAAGUCAGGUCACUUGUAUUAGGAAGGUCAGCUGAACUUUCCCUGGAAAUAGGUCGAUCUGCGAAAAUAAGGUCAAUCUUUACUGUAAAAAAAAAAAAAAAAAAGGACAAGAAAAACCCUCCUUGUCCAACCUCUCUGCAUGUUUUUGUUGCUUUUUUUUUUUUUUCCCCCACAAAAUAUCCCUGAAGCCUGUAGAGCUUUUAUACAGCUCUGCAGCUUUUCCAGGUGUAUUCACAAUCAGGCAUGGGCCUCCAUGGCUGUCAGAUAGGAGAAAUUAAGAACUUUGACUAUUCUAGGUAAUAAUCAUAACUGUGAACAGUUUUUAAACAAGUCACAAAUCCCUUGUUCCCCUGAAAUCCCUUGGCACAAUGUGCCUUGAUUAUUUUAAGACUCUCAGAAUAUUUGUGAGUAUUUCAGGUGGUUGCUGUUUGCAAACAGAUACAGGACUAUGUUUGCCAGAUUAUUCUUUCGUUGCACACUGCUGGUCCAGCUGUGAGCUAGCUGAGUACGAAAGUGCAACAUCCACAGCAUGAAAUAAAUUCAGGGUUUGAUUUGCUUUUAUCAACACCAUUUACCAAAUAGCACACUGAGGAUCUCUUGAAACUUACCAAGUGAAAUCACUUUGCUGAUAAAACUGGUACUUCACCACUCUCAGCUUAGACAAGGGUAUUGCUGUCUCCUCCCAGCUAGACCAAUUUAGCAGUAGGAGCUCUUUGGAUCCUGUCUUGUUAUCUGUGCCUGCUCCUGUGUUUGUAGGCUUAUUUUACCUCUUUAGUCUGCAACAUUCCUGUACUGUAAGUUUGUAUUGCGUUACAGUAGCCAAAAGUCUGGUUCUCCAUGGGUGUUCCUAAGAAAAUGCAUGCUUUGGACUAUUUUUGGUCACUCCUUUCUAAUUAGAUGUGCUUCUUCCCAGCCAUCUGCUGGCAGAAUUUAGCUGAAAGUUACUAUUCUAAGGAACACUUUCAGACUGUAGUAUCCCAAUAAGGAAAUAAAUGAAUUCUCUUGAAGCCAGCACUAAACAUAAAUGAGAUAAUCAUUUUUUCCCUCCUUAGUGGUAAAAUUAACUGGUAUCUCUUGCUGAUACUGUGGGACAGAAGUAUUUGAAGUCCAUCCCAGUUAUAUUUUCGUAUGCUGCAGUCUUUUAACAGAGGCUCAGCCUGGCCUUUCUCCCUUUAUAUGGAAAUAAGUUCUAGCAGGCUAGCAUUGAACACGUCCCCAUGUUAGUGGACUGAGCUUGCAUGUGCUGUGGUGUAAGCAAGCCCAUUACCAAGCUCUGGAGGCUUCGUGCUGAGACAUAAUGAGGCCAGCAGGGUUGUAAAGACUUCAAAACCUCAUUUUAUAUAGCCAUAUAUAAGUAGCCAUAAACUGGUUGAAAUCGAUGCCAUUAUCACCAUUCAAACCAGGCACAAUCUGGCUAAAAAUUGCACAAGAGGCACAAAAGUUUUCUGAAGUUCUCUUGAAGACUGACUGUGUGAUUUCUGUUGUGAUUAGUAGAAGACUUGGGCAUUCCCUUGGCUUCCUUGUUUCAUUUGGACUUAUUUGUUCCUGUUGCUUUGGUUAUUACAUGCACCAAUCAACACUUUAUGUGCUUCAGAAUUGUUAUUUUGGGGGCAGAUACUUGCAUAUAAUGUGAAAAACCCUUAAAGUUUUUAGGAGGAAUUACUUUUAUUUACAAUUAAAUAAAAGAUUUGGAAAGUAGUCUGCACUCAUAAGAAAUUGAGAAAAAUUCAUCUUUAUGGAUCAAAAGGAGUAACAAAAAUGUCUUUUAAAAAUCUGAAUUCUUAAUAUUUGGAGCCCCAAGUAUUUAUUUUAUCAUUACAGGAGAGGAAUAUAUAUGCACAUUAAAGAAAGAGAGAUGGUAUAGGUGUAAUAUAAUGAACGCUUGUGUCCAGACACCAGAUGCAUCAGAUAUCUGGGAUUUUGAUCUACUCUUUUGAACCAGAAAUUUCUUUUGAGGGGCAGAAGAGAAGGAAAAUCAAGCAGAGAUAUGAGUGUAUAUUUUCCUGCGUAUUUACUGUUGUUUUGCAUAAUUGCCUUUGUGUAAUUUUGGUAAGGAGAAAGAUCUAUUUUUUUUUCUUUCUGCACCAGAAAUGCUAAUCCAGGACUGCUUUGCAUACUAAAAAUGCCAGUGUUUAUUUGUACUUUCCAAAAUAAGCAGGAAGAGUUCUUUUUUCAGCAUUAACUUUUAACUGAAAUACAGUUUUGUUCUUUUGCCUGCUGCUCUGUGAUGAUUAACUUCAGGAACAAUAAAAAAAGGGCAGAGGGAGGGACUUAAUGUGCAGUGAUUAUGAUCCUAAACAGAGAUCCUCAGAAAAUGGGUGCGAGAAGGGUGCAGAUGGCAUGCGUGCCUCUUCCACAUUGCCUCUGCUCACUGAGCUGUAGGUCAGCCCCACUUGGUGGCUCAGUGGGAAGACAGUGACGUGGACCUGUUAAAGGUUGGACUAGGUGAUCUUAGAGGUCUUUUCCAACCUAAACGAUUCUGUGAUUUGAAGAGCAAGGAUAUUAGAAAACAUCAUGGUCAUUAAGAUAUCAGUUAUUCUUCUUCCUUUGAGAAAUGAUCUGAAAAUGAUCUUUUUGUGUGUGUCCAUUUUCCUACCAGAACACCCCGAAAGGGUGCACUUGCUCAGGAAUUACUUCCCUUUUGUUCUGUAUGGAAAACAUUAACAAGGUAGGAUAAUCACGAAGGCAUUUUGAAAAGCUGUUGGGAACUAGUCCUAGUAUCAUGUCCUUUGUAACAGUUUGUGACAGGCCGAUCAUUGCUGAGCCCAUGGCACAGGUCCUACUAAUUCUACCCCACCACACUAGAGAGUGCAAAUAUUAAUUGCGAGGUCUCACUGAAGUUAAUCAUGGGCUUUGCUAUUCCUGGACAGGGGCAGUAGCAUUUUCAGGGAUCAACUCCUGCUGUCCUGUUCCUGAAUACUUGUUCUCAUAAUACAGAGAUAGUUCACUUGGAUCCCACCGAAUGUUUUUUAUAACCCGGAUGCGUAUUACAAGUCCAGAAGCUACAGGUUGAGCCUGCAAACAUCAUGUUUGCUUUCAGUUGUGUGUAUGUUAGCACACUUCUCUUUCUGUACACAUUUCAUACAGAUUUUGCAAAAGAGUAAUGCUACCUUAGAGCAUGAAAUCUAGCUUCAAUGUUUUCAUUAUUUUGAAAUCUUUUAACGAACCGUAGCUUUACGCAGAUGUCGGUUGUAGAAGCUUCUUUUAAGAGUGUUAGGUUUCUAUUGAGACUAAUUGCAGGAACUGUAAAACAAAGGAUGACCAGUCAAAAUAUUUAUCCUUUUGCAAAAGAAAUUCCCACGACUUAGCCUGCCAGCCUGCAUUCUGUACGUUAUUUAUGCUUUCAAGGUACAUCACGAUUUUAUCGAUCCAUUUUCUUUCUUGGGGUUUCUGUACAGCUCUGGCCAUGCAAAACAAUUGCUCAUGUCCUUCUAGCUAGUUACUUGUUGUUGUCUACAUGGGUGGUUAAAAUGAGCUUCUUGGGACCAGUGCAAAGGGGUUUGAGGUGAAGCGCUGACUUUUUAGACUUCUUUGAGCUACUGAAUACCUCACGGUCUGGAUCUGAGGAUGUGCUUCUCUCCACUCUUUCAAGAAGAACAAAAUCUAAAAUGUCUUUUUAAGCAGAUUAAAAGAUGACAUGGAAAUCUUUACUUUUAAGGUUGACUUUUUUUUUUUUUUUAACUUCAGUGACAUCUGUGAUGUCUUUCUUCUUACCCCAUUUUAACUUAUUUCUGUUACCCAUUUAGCAUAAUUGUUGCACAAACUUCUUCCUCUUCCUUUAAAAAGCAGCUUUCCCACCACACAAAGUUGUUGAACAAUUCUUAAAAAUAUCGAACAAAUGCUCCUAAGUUACAGGAUAAAUACAUGAAAUUUAAGGAAAAAGAUUAUGUGAUAUAUCUGAAAAGAAAACAAGUUCUGCAGUGUAGCCAAACCUUUAUGUAUGUCAGUAAGCCUUGUGAAAUACUUUCUCUGAGUCAGUUGACCUUAUUGUGAGAUACUACCCUUGAAUCUGUAAUUGAAUUAUUUAACAUUUGUUCUUUUGUUUUUAAAGCAAGAGUCAAUGCAAGUAUCAUUCUAAAUCAGCGUGCUGAAGUGUGCAUAUUCUGUAUAUCGAAUGUCAUUGUUGUCUCUUUUUUCUGUAAUGCAUUUGCAUUACUAUGAAUCAAUUUUAUUACGCUUCUCUAGAGACUUUUGCUGCCUGCACGCUGUGAUAUAUUUGCACUGUUGUAGAUAUAUAUAUACAUAUAUGUAAUUAUAUUAUAUAAACCAUGUCUUUUUCAGGUUGCUUGUUACCUUUGUAGUUAACGCUUACUGGUACAGUGGACCUGAGUAAAAAUGUGGGAUGUGGGGCAUUCUGAUGAUAUAUGACAAUAAUAGAGAAAUCUUUGUAUAUUUCUGUAUACUUAAUACCCGUAAGAGAUUUGUAUGUGCAUUAUUUUCCAAACUAGGGCUUUGUUUUCUGAGAAUAGAGACAUUUAUGAUAAUGUAACAAAAGAAAAAUCAAAUAAAGUGUUAUUAUUUUCAGACA